AUGGAAUUAAAAUAUAAUUGUCAAGAAAGAGACGGUUGCUUCGAUAUACAGUUUUUAUUUCCGGGUCAUUUAUGCGGUAUUUUUCAUGAAGAAUGUUAUAGGGCUGUACAACAAUAUUAUAAGGAUGCUAGCAAGUGUAGUGUGGAGGGUAUUUGCAGGACUAUUUUUGAACGUUGUCGGGGUGUUUUGGUUAGCGAGAUGUUAAUAAAACAACAAGUGGAGUAUUAUAAAGAGACGAGUAAUUAUACACUUAUGGAACUGGAUGAUGCGGGUAAAGCCAGACCGCAAGAAUAAUAGAAAAAAAUUUUGUUUAUGUUUUAGUUAUGAUGAGAAAAAAGAUAUUUAUGUUAAUCUACCGUGUGAUACAGUUCUUGAUGAUGAACCACUAAAAGUAUUACAGAUUAUAGCUAGUGAUUAUAAGUUUUUUGAAUUUUACAUUCAUGUGCUCGAGAGCAAAAACUGCAGUUAGCGGGUGGUCGUUUAUGGCCGACUGUAAUUACAAAGGAUGUUGUGAAAUCGAUGCCGAGUUUUUAUAUUUAUCUUAUAGCGGUAACUCAAUGUGAGGAUGGUGAUCGAUAUAUAACAAUUGGAAUUUUACACUGGUUGUUUGGGAUUUAUACAGAAUUGGAGAUUUAUUAUCGCAUCUAUCCUGAAUUGUUUAAACCUGAAUUUGGACGUAAAAAUACACCGAUCUUUUUACCGUGUGUGACGUUUGAAAGUAUUGAUUUUAAAUUGGAUUAUCUCGAGCAACAGCAGUUAACACCUAGUGAAGCGAAAAGUUUCGUGGCCGGGGUGGUCGAUACGUUGAUUACAUUUAUAAGCGAAAAAACAAAUUGUGAGAGAGAUUUUCAGAGUGUAUCAAAACUAGCCGCCGAGUUUGAAAAGGAGCAUGGGAUGUGUGUAUCAAAACGUUUGAUGCAAGUUAUGUUAUAUCAAAAAUUGGUUUACCACGUACAGGAUUGGGUGAUAAAGAGUUGCGGGUGUGCACGAAACGACCAAAUUUGCCAUUGUGGAUUGUACACGAAACUUGAUAUCGUGAAGUGUAAAAAAUUGUACUUUCAAGACGCGGGAUUAUUGGUUAGCGAUGCUGUGUACUUUACCUCCCCGAGAUAA